AUGUCUCAGCAGGGGGGAUACAGGAGGAGGCCUGGGACCCCAGGGCUUCCUGUGCGCAGCAUCCGGCCCUUCAAGUCCAGUGAGCAGUACCUGGAGGCCAUGAAGGAAGACCUGGCUGAGUGGCUGCGGGAUCUCUACGGGCUGGACAUUGACGCAGCCAACUUCUUGCAAGUUCUGGAGACGGGCCUGGUGCUCUGCCAGCAUGCCAACAAGAUCACUGAGGCUGCUCUGGCCUUCCUGGCUGAGGCACCUGUCCAAGCCCAAAGGAUUCCCAUGCCCCGGACUGGGGUUUCCUGCAAUGGGGCCGCCCAGCCGCAUACCUUCCAGGCCAGGGACAAUGUCUCCAACUUCAUCCAGUGGUGCCGCAAGGAGAUGGGCAUCCAAGAGGUGCUGAUGUUCGAGACUGAGGACUUAGUGCUGCGCAAGAACGUGAAGAACGUGGUGCUGUGCUUGUUGGAACUGGGCCGUCGUGCCUGGCGCUUCGGCGUGGCGGCACCCACUCUGGUGCACUUGGAGGAGGAGAUCGACGAGGAGCUGCGGCAAGAGCUGGCCGUGCCCCCACCCGACCCCCCGCCGCCUGCGCCUCCCAAGCGCCAUCCCUGCCACUUCCGCAACCUGGACCAGAUGGUGCAGAGCCUGGUGAGCCACUGUACCUGCCCAGUGCAGUUCUCCAUGGUCAAGCUGUCUGAGGGGAAGUACCAAGUAGGAGACUCCAACACCCUCAUCUUCAUACGGAUCCUCCGGAACCAUGUGAUGGUGCGUGUAGGGGGCGGCUGGGACACGCUUAGCCAUUAUCUGGACAAACAUGACCCCUGCCGGUGUACAUCCCUCUCCCACAAACAGGGCAGCUUCCUGAAGCCCCCAGGCUCACUGGUGCAGCAUGAAGUGAGGGUGCAGGAGGGACCCUCGCAGCUCCAGCCCACAAUGACCGUCAGCCGCUCACAGAGCCCACAGCCGCCUCCGGUCGACUGGAAGACAUACACCUCUUCAGGCCGAAGGUUGAGGCCUCCUACUUCCGGUUCCCCCAGACCCUGCAAUGAACAGGGAGCGGGGGCAGGGGACCUCAGAGAGAUGGCUUCAUUCUUAAGGUCCCAGGAGAGGCUACUCAUCCCAUCUCGGAGGCAGCUAUCAGCAGGAGGCAGUCCACCCAGCCCCCAAUUCUCAUCUACCCAUAGGAGUCGAGACCCACAAUGCACUCCAUUAGGGAAGAGAGAGGACAAAUACCCCAGUGACCUCUCCAGGGGAAGGACUCCCACAUCUUGGGUUCAUGAAGAGAAAUCCAGCCAGGGAAUCCAUGCCAGGGUCCCUCCCCCCAAGAGACUCCAAGAGGCCACUACCAAAGGGACAUUACUAAGAAGACCUUCUCUCCUGUCUUGUCCCUCUGGCGCAGCCCAGCCCUCAGGCCUCAGGCUGCCACUUCAGAGUAAGGCUGAGGGUGCUUCCCCCCAACUCAGGGAGCCGGCAUCUGUUCAUUCUCAAUCCCCUGUCAAAGGACUCACCAGGAUCCCCAUCCGGUGGUCCCCUGCCCACCCCUCCACCCCAGGAAGCAGCUUUCCAGGCACUGCAAGUGGAGGUCCCAUGGCAGAACCAGAGAGAGGCCCCAGUCCAUUAAGGGUUGUCACUGGGGACCUGGCUAGGUCCAGACAUGGGGACUGCUCUGUAGAAGCGAGGCAGAGAGACCAGCAGGUCACUCCAGGGACGGGAGCACCCCAGGGCCUGAGCCCACAGGAGUGGGAAGGGAGGUACACACCACUGGCCUUGGGCAGAAUCAAAGAGAAAGACAUCUACUGUAGCCUUGAAGAGGACAUUGUGGCCAACAUGAAGCUACUAGAGGUGGGGGGUGCCCAUCCCCAGAGCACAGGGUCUCGAGUUAUCCCUCGUAGUGGAGUCUAUGUCCCCAGUCUGGGCGGGCAGUGGCCUGAGCCUGGAGGUCCUUAUGACAAAGUCAUCCAAGAACUGGCUCAGGGACCCCCCCUCCUUCUUAAAGUGGAUCUGGGAUCCUGGAAGGGAGCCUCUAGCAACUCCCUUAAGCCAACUGUCACCACAGGCCCUGGAAACCCAAAAGGGGAGCUGGGAGCCAGAGAGAGUGAGCCAAGGGCAAGAGCAAACCCAAGUGCCAUGGGCACCAGGAUGAGGGAGAUCUCACCUCCAAGAAGGCAGGACUGCUCAGGCCCGACUGUGUCUGCCAGCCUGGAGGCCCCCAGUUCUGACAAAGCCAAGGCAUGCCUGGGCAAAGGCAAGAGAACACUCCGGAAGCCCCAGAGAAUCCCAUCCAUCUACAAGCUGAAGCUGAGGCCCAGAAUCCGGCCCCGGAGAGACCACAGACCUGAGAAACUGCCUUCCCGAAUCCCCAAGCCACUGGCCUACCUCCAUCUGGGUUUGGCCAGGGCGCCCCCCAAGGGCAAGCUCUUGAGAGCUGCACUGGGCAGCCAGGAAGGGGAGGCAUCUCAGAUGGAUGGAGCUUUAGCCGGCAAGGAGAAGAAAGAGCCAGUCGCCCCCAAGCAAAGCAGCCCCCAGCCUCAAGUAAGGCAGCUGAAUCAAGUCCCACUCCUACCAGAGGAAGAAUCUUGGGUCUGA